CAUACGGAGCCUAGUAACCAAGUUCAUUUUUGCCUAAGUUAGCAGCCAUCAAUCCGAGAAAGAGGAAAUGGCGGGGGCAGGGGAAUUACCAAAGCCAAGCUACAACGCUCGGCAAUACUCAGGUGGGAGACCGUCAUACCCACCUCAACUCUUCCAAUUCAUCGCCUCUCACACUCCUUCCCAUCUUUUUGCUUGGGAUGUCGGCACCGGCACUGGCCAGGCCAUUCCUUCUCUAGCUGGGUUGUACAAGAAUGUGGUGGGUACAGAUGUUAGCGCGAUGCAAUUAGAGUGUGCACCAAAACUCCCUAAUGUCAAGUACAUUGAGACUCCUCGAAUUCUAUCUGUGAGUGAUGUUGAGCAAAAGAUAGCACCAGAAUCCAGCAUCGAUUUAAUAACCAUAGCCCAAGCAAUGCACUGGUUUGACCUGCCCAAGUUCUACGAGGUAGUGAGAUGGGGCCUGAAGAAGCCAAAUGGGAUCAUUGCAGCCUGGUGCUACACCACCCCUCAGGUGAAUGACGAGGUGGAUGCAGUCUUUUGGCCGUUCUACAAGAGUUUUUCAGGUCCGGGUUGGGAAGAGACAACAAAGGUUGUGGAUGACAAGUACCAGAGUAUUCACUUCCCAUUUGAGCCUGUUGAUGGGUUGAAAGAUACUGGCCCGUUUGAGUUCAAGGCUGAGAAGGUGAUGAGUUUGGAGGAAUAUUUUGCUUAUAUAAGGUCGUGGUCAGCUUACAAUGCUGCUAAGGAGAAAGGGGUAGAGAUGUUGACAGAUGAGGCGGUGGAGCGAUUCAAGUAUGCAUGGAUGAAUGACGGGAAAAGUGACAAGGUUGUAAAGUUUCCCAUUUAUUUGAGGAUGGGGAGAAUUGGGGACUCCGAAUGAAGCUGGUGAUGCUUUCUACUCUUAUGUCAUAAUUAGUUUGUAUUUCAAGUCUUCAACCUUGCCACAAUAAUAUUAAGUUGAUUAUAUAAAAUCCGUGUAUGAAGAUCAGAGUAUAUCGAUGAUUUUGUCACAUCGAAUGUAUAGGGUGCCUUGGGGUGAUGAAGGUGAACUUGACUUCCUUUGUUCUUUGUCAAUUUAUUGGAUCAUGAUAGAUGAAGAUUGAGAAACUCUCACGAAGAAGAGAAGUUCUGCAUAAUGGUAGCACUUGUUGCUUGCAUUCGUGUCCAGAUUCAGUCGGUUUUAGGAAGAUAUUUGUAUUUUGAUUGAUUCCUUGGUUUUCUUCAUGUGUAAGCUUUUGUUUGAUGUGUUUAGGUCCCUUAGGAUGUCACUACAAAUAUGUAAGCUUGGUGUUGAAUGAAAGGCAAAUUUGAAGUUUGUUAAAUACAAAAAGAAAAA